AUGGAAUACUACACAUUUUCUCAAGGGUUUACCGAAAACGAUGAAGAACGUGCAUCCGGAAAGCAUCACGUUAAGAACACGUGGGUGAAAGAACGAUAUGAGAGUGAUGAAGAGGAUGGUUCGAGAGAGGAAGAGGUGAACAAAAUGACGAUAAAAGAAGAAGAUAAUGAAGACACUGAAGGUAUGGUGAUUUCAUCUAGUACGAUGCUAACAAGUAAGGUGAAGUAUCUCAACUAUGGAGCUCUCAAACAUGAUACGCCGCCGGCAGCGUCUAGUGGUGGAGGAAGAGUCUUGCCUCCUCCGUCAAACAAGUAUCACCGUGGCCAUCCCAAGUACUACAGAUGCAGGGGUUGAAGUGAAAAUUCUCCAGAGAUUGAUCUAUUUUCGAAUUAAUAUAUGAAUGAUAAAUAAGUUUGGUAACUUUAUAUACUUUCCAUGCAA